AUGAACACAUUUGCUGUCCAAUUGCCUAGUUCAGAGCCUGGGAAAAGCGAUCGACUAUGCAAUGCACCCUCAUCCGACAUGCGGAAACCACACCAUCGACUACGUCCGAUGCAGAGUCAGCCUAAUAUGCGAUAUGCAGCAACGGCUACAAGCACUACUCAAGUAACACCCUUCACAGUACAUGCGAUAUCACCACCAUCCACUCUACCCUCCUUUAUGACUAGUACUACGCAUACCCAACAACCAUCGAAACAACCACAGCAACAGCCUAUGAGUAGAACACAACAAAAGCUCAUGCUUCAACGACAGUGCUUUCUUGCAGAUGACAAGAACUAUCUGGAUCAUCCAACCAACAUGCGACGACUUACAAAAGAAUUGGAUCGAGUGAACCGUGAAUACAGAUACAUUCGCCAUUUUGAGGAUCCUCUUGCUGCAUCCUUUCGUCGAGUGACAGCAGCAGCAGCAGCAUCGUCAUCAUCAUCAUCAUCAUUCACAUCAACAACAACAUCAUCAUUAUCCCCAAGUAGUAGCAAUUAUUGUUCACCCAUACUCCAACGACGAUCAUCUGCUCAGGAGAUUUUGUCAUUGGUUGCCACCAAGGAGAAUGUAAAAAAGCAACAGGAUAGAUUGAUUGUUCGUUUCCUUGGCAACGCCAAGUGA